AUGGCCGACGAAGAAUUACCACCUAGCAAAUUGGGUACGAAGAGUCACUGGGAUGACGUAUACGAACGAGAAGUGCGAGUAUUCAACGAUGUAGGAGAUGAAGGAGAAGUAUGGUUCGGCGAAUCCUCCGUCACGAAAAUGCGUAAAUGGGCACAUCGAUAUUUAUCAUCAUCUUCUUCACCAAUACGAGUACUCGAAUGUGGAUCUGGUAAUGGUACAUUACUCUUAUCGUUCUUGACAUCACCAGGUGAUAUACCACAAGCAUUUCAUCUGACUGGGAUUGAUUAUGUUGAAAGAGCCGCGGUGCUAGCUAGAUCAAUAGAACAGACACGGAGGGAGAAUCUUGAAGAUGAGAUAGAUGAAGAAGAAGAAGUGAUUAAUCCAGUAGAAAUAGAAUGGCGUACAGAAGAUUUGUUAAGGAAAGAUUUCAAAGGUGAACAAUGGGAUCUAGUAAUGGAUAAAGGAACUUAUGAUGCUUUGUGUCUGAGUCCAGAUGGAAUAACAGAAGAGAAUGAUAGAUUACCAAGUCAAGUAUACCCUGAAAAAAUUGCACAAUUGGUUGGGAAGGAUGGCUUCUUCUUGAUUACUAGUUGUAAUUUUACUGAAGAAGAGAUAAAGUCAAGGUACACAAAAGAAGGUUUAGGUGACUCAAGUGUACCGCAUCCUUCAUUUUCUUUUGGAGGUAAAUCCGGUACAACAGUUUGUACAGUUGCAUUCAAGAAAGUGUAG